UGUUACUUAUCGUUUCCGCUGUCUGYUCGUUUCGGCUCGGUUCAUGCUAAUAGGCUAGCUCGGUUUCGUUCAGAUGGCAAACAGAACCGUUAAAGAUGCCAACAGUAUCCACGGAACCAACCCGCAGUACCUGGUGGAGAAAAUCAUCCGGACCCGAAUCUACGAGUCCAAAUACUGGAAGGAGGAGUGCUUCGGUCUCACGGCUGAGCUGGUGGUGGAUAAAGCCAUGGAGUUAAAGUUUGUCGGAGGAGUUUAUGGUGGAAACAUCAAACCCACUCCGUUCCUCUGCCUCACGCUGAAGAUGCUGCAGAUCCAACCAGAGAAAGACAUCAUCGUGGAGUUCAUCAAGAACGAGGACUUUAAGUACGUACGUCUGCUGGGAGCCAUGUACAUGAGGCUGACGGGCACGGCCGUGGACUGCUACAAAUACCUGGAGCCGCUCUACAACGACUACAGGAAGAUCAAGUGUCAGAACAGGAACGGAGAGUUCGAGCUGAUGCACGUGGAUGAGUUCAUCGAUGAUCUGCUGCACGCAGAGCGGGUCUGUGACAUCAUCCUGCCCCGGCUUCAGAAGAGGCAGGUCCUGGAGGAGGCGGAGAUGUUGGACCCCAGGAUCAGCGCUCUGGAGGAGGACCUGGAUGAAGUGGAGAGCAGUGAGGAAGAGGAUGAGGAGGAAGAAAGGAUGGACCGGCUGCCGAGCCCCGAGCCUCACAGACGUAGUUACCGUGACAACGACAGGCCCCGCCGCUCCCCGUCACCUCGCUACAGACGCAGCCGCUCGCCCCGACGGAGGAGCAGAUCUCCAAAGAGACGAAG